AACCGAACUUGGUUUGAUGAUUGUGGAGAGCAUCUGUAAGCCAGGGGCUGGAGGGUGUUGCACAUGCUGGCCUGGGGGUGAGAGGACAGAUAUUGUCAAGGCAGAGAUUGUCAGCAGCUACACUGACAUCAAGAGAAGAAAAGUGUCUACCACAGGAAACUCCACUGAAGAGCAGGAAAGAUUUUGUCCACCUAAAUGGACAGAAGUUCUUCUGACUGUUUUUGCCGUCUCUCUGUUUUUUGCUCUUGGAGGUCUCUGUGCUCUGAGUAUACUGUAUGUCAGUGUUUCAGUGAAGCUGUCUGCCCAGGAAACUAAUGUCACCAUCAUGGUGAGAGAGACUGAGGAACUUCGAGCCAAUUACACCAGAGUUACAGAAGAUCUCCACAUUAAUGAUAUCAUGGUGAGAGAGCUUGCAGCCAACUUCAGCAUAGUUGGAGAACGACUGUCUUUUUAUGAAGCAUUUACAGCUCAAUCUUUGAACUGUGAUAUGAGCUUGACAUCUUUUCAUGGAAAGUUGUACUUCUUCAGCUCUAAUAAAAUGGACUGGUCAAGCAGCCGUGCUUUCUGUGUUUCAAAAGGAGCUGAUCUGGUCACCAUAACCAGCCGAACAGAACAGCUGUUUCUGGCCUCUAAAAUUAAAGAUACGUACUGGAUUGGUCUCAAUGAUCUGGACACUGAGGGACUUUGGGUUUGGGUGAAUAACCAAACUCUCAAUGAAACUGGAGUACUGUUUUGGCAUGGGAGAGAUUCUGAGAUAAGUGAACCUGAUAACUGGAAAAAAGAGGAUCUCACUGGAGAAAACUGUGCACUUGUGAACAACAAUUUCAACUAUUUAAACAAUUGGUUUGAUAGUUCUUGCAAUUCUAAGUGGAAGUUUAUCUGUGAAAAGAAAUAAUUUACCUCCAUCAGUGAUGCUUAACAAGGUCUAUUAUGUAUAUGCACAGAAAACAAGGCUCUUUUGGAUUUAUUUACUCAUGUCAGAUUAAAAAUGCAUUUUUUCUCCAGUGAUUGAACUGAAGCUCUGUUAUUAUGUAUCCUGUCAUUUUGAUUUUUAUUUAAGUGCUUAAGUAUCCUUUAUGAAACUGCUGUGCACUCAAAAAAAAUAUUUAGGCCUAAAUGUAAGAUUCAUAUAUUUGAAUUGCAUAUAAAAUUUCUCCCCAUUUGGCUUACACAUUUUGAACAAACUAAUAAACUUAAUGUGAUGCAUAUUUGUCAGUCAAAUCAUGGCAUCAUUUUUGAAAUGCAUGAAUUCAAAUUGCUGAGAACCAGUACAAACAUGUUCAU